AUGGCCUCUCCCCGCAAGAGCGACCGAGCUGCACUCGCGCGUCACCACCACCCGCAGUCGCCCUUUGCUCGCGCGCGAGAGCCCAGCUACGAAUUCGAUCUCGAUAAUUCAAAUUUCCCUACACCCUCAAAACAGAACGGGACGCGUCAAAGACCCAGCUUCCGCACUGGAACACUUUCCGGCGCGUAUCGAGCCACUUCACGUACGAGUAUGUCCGACGACGGCGCCGGACUCGGGUUGACCACCAGCCCGCGACAGACCCGAGAAUACAUUAGUGCGCGUUCGCCCUCGUCGGAUAUGUCAAACCCACCGGAAGACCUCGCCGAUGUAUACAGGAGGAUUGAGCAAGACGGAGCGCUGGCAGACUUUGCACCGCUGGACGAUUGGGAUGCUCCACUCGAUACGCGUCCAGUAAGUCGGCUGAGUCGCUCGUCGCCUCGAGCGAGAGAACGAGAAUUUGAAAGUCGCGCAUUCUCAGAGGCGAGCUUUGCCAAUGAAAACUCGCCACGCAGGAGGACUACCGAUUACACCAGAGACGAACAGCGACUUCGACGUGUGACCGGCAAGGAUUCGCCGGUGUUCAGCAAAGCCAAGGUCGGGAGUCGAGCUGCUCUCACGGCGGAUAAUUUACAGCGGAGGGAGGAGGAAGAACAUGUUCACAUAUCAGAAGAGGAUGACGGGGAUAUUGGUCCAGCGUUGAAUUUACCCCGAACCUGGGGGAGUCGAGCUGGACGUGGUUCUGAAUGGCUCAGGAACGUCAGCGGAAGCACUUCAUCCGAGCAACAAGAGAGGAGGGAAGAGCAAAUGCCCCUUGAUGAUGCCUUGCAAACACGAGUCAGGGCAGAAGAUAUCCCUCCCCGGGAAUAUUCCGGCCAUUCAUCCUCGCGGGCUAUUGAACGAAGCAACCUUCCAGUCCGGAGCGCUCUUGGUGAACGUACCGCCAAUCUUCACGCCCAGGGAUUACCCCAAGACAACAAGAAGGCCGAGAUACCUGGUCGUGACCAGAACGCACUGCAAGGCGAAGGAGUCCACGUACCAAACACCCCCAUCGUUGUCUUUAAAAACUCCGGCUUGAACAGGCCAAGUGCACUGAAACGAGACUCGCAAGAUUUGCUCCGCAAGCUUGCACGAACCGAAAGCCCGAAGCCUGAACAAAUGCAGACACCUGAUCAACCAAAGCUUUUUGAGCGGAGGAUCUACGACAAGACACCCAGAGUGACGGGUGCCUGGAUUGAUACUCCGAUGACUGAGCGGGUGAAGGAGAUUCCUCCAGAUUUGACCAAGGAUAUUGUUCUACCAUCGGUGCCUGUGAAGGCACCGGAAGCUCCCAAACAGGAACAGGAGCCGCCAGUUGUUGUCCCACCACCAGUCACACAAGUGAAGCCAGAGUCGAGGGCUUCAGAAGAGCCCGUUGCUGAAGCCCAACCCGCCAAACGGAGCAGAGCAUCUGUGAUCCGACCUAAACUACCUAAGAGUGGCCUUCAGACAGUUAUCGAGGACGUGAGCUCCGGCAAAGAGACUCUAGACCUGGGAGAUGACACAAUUGAAUCACUCCAAGCAAUUAUGGACGACCAGACUGAGCUCAAAACUGAGGAAGAGGAGGAAGCUGCCUACGAACAGGAGGUGCUCAAAAGACUGGAGCUGGCCAAUGCGAAUGGUCAAGACUCAGUUGAUAUUGAUCGUCUAAACGAUAAACUUCAUUCACUCGUGAGGAACAUCAAUGAAGUGAAGAAGGGGUUGAAUAGCCUGGAAGAUCAUGUUAUCCGAGAUGCGGCUAUUGUGUCGAACCCAGGCUCUCCUAAGAAAACUGGCGCGCAGACACUGCAAUCUCACUCGAGUGAGAAUUGCGAGAAAUGCGUCCAUGGUGAUGGCCGUGUAUACGCUGCUAUCCCACUCCCCCGCCUCUGGAAAUGGGAUCCUAUAACCCACCGUCGUCAACUCACCAAGUUGGGUUGGUUUACGUUUAUCUCGCUCUCUUGGUAUAUCAUUGAAUGUCUGAUGUGGGAUCUAUAUGCCCACCCAUCAGUCUCCGAGACCUGCGAUGGUUAUUGUCUACAAGCAGAUGCGCCUGAGUUCCCAUUUGUGACCGUGACCAUGCUCUGGCGCUGGUCUCAUCUGGGGUCUCUUUUGGCACCUAUCGUCACCAUCUGCGUUGCUUUCUUCCGUCUCACGGCACAGCUACUUGGUCUGUGGGAUGGCUAUGUUGAUGAGCCGCUGCAGCUAAGCAACAUUGUCGGCGAGAUUCGUGUGAAUGGCACGCCAGUCUCGUUCCCCUGGUUAACGUCUCCGAGUCAGACUGUUGUACCGUCACAACCAUCUCCACCGCAACAGCCCGUGUGGACUCCUCGCAAUGAAGUCCCACAAAAUGAAGCUCCUAUCCAGUGGACUGAUGAUCGAGUAUCCAUGGACGAGGAUGAAUAUCUUUGA